AUGUGCAGACUACGCCAUCUCAUUCCAUGCGCCAUCACUCCAUCGCACACAAUCCCUCCAUCUCACACCAUUCCCCAAUUUCAAAUCACCCCCCUGUCUCACACAAUCCAUCCAACCCCCUCCCGUCCAACACCAUAUUUUAAACCCCCUCUGUCCCUCCCCCUCUGUCCCUCCCCAUCUGUCCAUCCCUCUCUCUCCCUCCUCCUCUCUCCCUCCCCCUCGCUCCCUCCCCCUCUCUCCCUCCUCCUCUCUCCCUCCCUCUCUCUCCCUCCCCUUCCGUCCCUCCCCCUCGUUCCCUCCCCCACUGUUUCUGUCCCUCUGUCCUCCCCCCUCUGUCCCUCCCCCUUUGUCAUUUCCCCUCUGUCCCUCCCCCUCUGUCCUUCCCCCUCUGUCCCUCCCCCUCUGUCCCUCCCCCUCUGUCCCUCCCACUCUCUCCCUCCCCCUCUCCCCCUCCCCCUCUCACCCUCCUCCUGUGUCCCGGGUAUGUGGGGGGGAAGGAUGGCGAGUACGUGGGGGGGAGGAGGGCGGGUAUGUGGGGGGGAGGAGGGCGGGUAUGAGGAGGAACACGAGGGCGUGUGGUGUUGGGCGAAGGCGGGUGGUGCGGGGGGAGGAAGGUCGGUGCUGUGUGUGGGGGAAGGCAGGUGGUGUGGGGAGAGGAAGGAGCGUAUGAGAGCAUUUGGAGAAGCCAUUCAGUGGCGGCUGGAGGGCAUAGAGACCUCUGGAGCAGCGCAUGAACUGUGCUUAGACCUUGGAUCGGACAUGCGGUUUCUUAAGAAGUGGCUUACAACAAACAGGCCACAAACAGACAUCCCCGCCGCUCAACAUGGGAGGCACCUGUGGGACAUCCGACGGCACGCAACACCCCCUGCUGUUGGAUUCAAUGACCGCUUCACCGCUCUGCACUCCUCACAACCUCUCCCAGCACUGGGUCCCUUCCGGUCAGAGAGCGGAAGCGCAGCAGCACACAUGCCUGGAUUCUCCCACGGACUAGCACCAAGAGGAGCGCCAGGGGUUUCCUCAGGAGCGGCCUACACAGGGAUGCUGGAAGGCGGGCUCUCAGCAUCGGAUCCUGGAGGGAGGGCGUUCAGUGCGCUGGGUGAAUUUGACGCAGGAGUGGCUGUAGCAGGGGGGCAGCAACAAGGCGGCAGCAUGAUGCAGGCAAUGCAGGCUGCAAUGAGGGAAGACCCACUGGCUGCUCCUGGCGAAUCCAAUCAGUUUUCAUGGUCCUCCUUGGGGCACAGAGCUGCUGCCGGAUAUGGGGCAUCGGCGCUUGAUUACUCAUCUCGCCUGUCCGCAAUGGGGAUGGGUAUGGGGUCAGGAGUAACCGGGGGUACAAUGAUGCAAGGACUGGAUUUUCUUAACGGCCAGCAGUUUUCAGGGAGGUCACAGGGGCAGGGAAUAACACGGGCUGAUGAUUUACCCGGUAUGCUGGGAGCAUCUGGGGGGCUUUCUCAUAUGCUGACGAUGGAUGAAGGUAGAAUGCUCAUGGGUCAAGGAGAGGCUGGCGUGGAAGGAAUUGCAAGCGGCUCUGGCAUGAGCGGAUUCUUACAGUACCACCAUAGCCUGGACCCGUCACCGCUAACCCGCACACCGUCAGGCCACGUCAUCAUUCCGUCGGGCCACGUCAGCAUGUCGGACAGAGCGUACCUGCAGCAGCCGGCCGGUACCUCGUUCCAGAGCCUGCUCACUGCUCCGGAGGAGAGAGGUCUAACCGGCUGGCCUGAAAGGGGUCUAGCCUUUGAUGCCGGCCCGCCUUUUGGUGGUGGUGGCGGUGGCGGUGGUGCGUCCAGCGCGGGCCUGACUGACGCCAUGGUCUGGUCUGCUAGUCUGCAAAGGGAUCUGCGAGCAGCAGGCAGGCUGGGAGGAGCAGCCAGAAUGGGUUCUGGUGACUCUCUGGCUGCUGGGGUUCAGGCACAGCAGCAGCACGAGGGGGGUCUGGAGCAGCAACAGCGUCAGGGCGAGCGGAGCGUGGGAGGUGCAGGUGGUCAUGAGAAAACUGCUGAGGGAGCGAGUGGGGCACUGGGCGCUGGUGUGGAUGGGGCACAGGGGAGUGGUGCAGGGGGGGUUGGUGGGGGGACACAGGGUGGAGUGGAGGGGGGCGGCGAGGGGAAGGGUGCCGGAGGAGCAGCAGAGGGGGAGGGAGGAGAUGCAGGACUGCAGAGGUCGUCGCGGCUGCCUCCUUGGGCGAGGAAGCAGCUUCAGCAGUCAGGAAGAGCCCUCGGGGGCGACCCUUUCCGCGUGUCAUCCCCUCGAAUCGCCUCCUCUCCCCAUCUCUCGUCGCAAUUCUCCUCCCCUCUCUCUUCUCCUCACCUUCCAUCUCCCCUCUUCUCACCCGGUCAACAGUCUCCGUUCUCCUCCCCUUGCUUCUCCCACCUCCCCUCCCCCCGCCUGGCUGGAUUCCAGCGCCUCUCCAUCUCCAUCCCCCCCAGCCCUCCCCCCUUCGGCGCACACUCCCCCAUGGGCGCGUACACCCCCAUGGGCGCACCCUCCCCCUCUUCCAGAACCCCUGGCUCCUUCCCCUUCCCUACGCACUCCCCCCUCGCUGGAGGAUUUCCUUCCGCCAGCCCCAACGCCCCGUCCCUGGCCAAACUCUCCCCCAGUGUAGCUGCAAGCAACCGCAGCAAGAGGAGGCUCGCCCUUCGCGCCCACCACACAGGGGCACAUAUCCCCGGUAGGGGGCGACACACAGGGGGAAGAGGCGCCGGGCAUGGGGGAUCCCUGGGGUCCCCGAGGGGCAGUGGGCGGAUGGGGCAGCAGAGGAUGAGGGUGCAGGGGAUGUCUGGGGGUUUGAAUGUGGGAGGAGAAGGGAUGGGAGGGAUGGGGCACGAGCAGGGGGCGGUGGGUGCGGGGCAGCAGAUGAGUCCGGGGCAGGUGGCGGUGCAUGGGAAUGUGAGUGGCAGCAGCAGUGGCGGGGCAGUCAUCGGUGGGAGUAGGCUGCGAUCGGAGGCUUCACUCACCGAGUCUGAAGGCAGUGUGCUGGAUUCUUCCUUCCCCUCCCCCCAUAUUCUCCCGUUUUCCUCCAUUGCACUUCCCUCUCCCCCAUCGCCCCACGGCCAGAGCAAGUCAGUAGGCGUGCUGUUCGAGAAGCUGCUUACUGCGAGCGACACGAGCCACCUGGGCCGGGUCAUGCUGCCCAAGAGCAAGUCAAUAGGCGUGCUGCUUGAGAAGCUGCUGACCGCAAGUGACACGGGCCACCUGGGCCGGGUCGUGCUGCCCAAGGUGCCGGCAGAGCGCUUCCUACCGCACGUGGAGAGCAAGGAGGGCAUUCUCAUCAUCGUAGAGGACUCUAUUGGCGGCCAGUGGUGCUUCCGAUACCGCAAGGAGGGCAUUCUCAUCAUUGUUGAGAGCACUCCAUGGGCGGCCAGUGGUGCUUCCGCUACAGGUGUGUGUUGCUUCCACGGUGCUGCUGGUACCGGCAUGUAG